AUGGCCGACGACUCACCACCACCAGCCCCCAAAACCAUCCUCAUCACCGGCUGCUCUGAGCACGGCAUCGGCGCCGCCCUCGCCCUGCGCCUCGCCGACCAGGGCCACCGCGUCUUCGCCACCGCGCGCGACCUGCGCCGCGUGCCUGCGCGCCUCCGUGAGCACCCCAACGUCACCGCCGUGACGCUCGACGUCACCGACGCCGUUUCCGCGCGGGCCGCCGCGGAGACCGUGCGAGCCGUGACGGCCGGGCGGCGGCGGCCCGCCGGGCUCGACGUGCUGGUCAACAACGCCGGCGCCGGGUGCACGAUGCCGCUGCUGGACCUGGACGUCGACCGCGCCAAGCGCUGCCACGACGUCAACCUGUGGGGGCCCGUACGCACCGUGCAGGCCUUUGCCGACCUGCUCAUCGCCCGCCGCGGGCGCGUCGUCAACAUUGGUGCCGCCUCCGGGUGUCUAUACUCGCCCUGGAUCGGCGCCUACAGCUCAUCCAAGUCCGCGCUGCACACCGUCUCCGAGACGCUCCGCAUGGAGCUGCAGCCGCUGGGCGUCACGGUGGCGUGCCUGGUCACCGGCACGGUGGCGACGCGGUUCCACGCCAACGAGGGCGAGUUCGCGCUGCCGGCCGGGUCGCGCUACGCGGACAUCCUGGAGACGAUAUCGCUGUGGGCGCGCGGCGCGGUCGGCCCCGACCAGGGCACAGUCGACGACUACGUCACGCAGAUCCUGCCCGACGUCCUGGGCAGCUCGCGCGGCGGCAAGCUCUGGAGGGGCGCCAACUCGGGCGCGGCGUGGUUUGCGUCCACCUGGCUACCAGACUACAUCUUGGAUAAGCUGGUCGUACUCAACCACGGGCUUGACAAGUUAACAAGAAGCAUACUGGAAAAGAAGUAUCAGUAA